UUUGGCAUUUGAAGGUAUUCCAUUAGGACCACGUAAUCACAAAAUAUGCAAUAUAUUAUGUUCUCCUGGUGUAUUCUAUUUUACUUUAAAGGGUAUUGUACCCGUAUCACAGAAUGUUGAGGAAAUUUUUCAAGAAGUAAUGAUCUCCUGACACUUUUUCCUUAAGUUACGCAUCAGGAUCACAGAAAUCUUUGUUCAAAAUUCUGGAUUACACAGUACGCAUUUCACAAGGAUAGGUCCAAGAAACUAUUUUUGCUGCCACGACCCCUUUUGUGACAAAAUUAUUUCUGAGCGCCUAAUCUGUUUCUAGGCAAUGCUGUUCUGCAGCGAAACAAACCACCGCAAAGAUUGUGCAAUUAUACUCCGAAGGGCGUGCAAGAGCUAUGGAUCGUCGCAAGUACUCGAUCUCCUUGAUCUGACCGUACCCAAAGGAAACAUUUAUGCCCUUUUAGGCGCCAGCGGUUCGGGGAAAACGACCCUACUCAGCUGUCUUGUUGGUAACAGGAGGCUCGCCUCUGGAGAAAUGCGGGUGCUAGGCACGGUGCCAGGACAAACGGGAUCGGCCUCGCCAGGACCCCGGGUAGGCUACAUGCCGCAGGAGAACGCCUUGUACCAAGAGCUGACAGUGCGGGAGACCAUGAAGUACUUCGGGUGGAUCGCCGGCUUGUCUACCGAGGACAUCUCGCGCAGCUUGGGGAAGCUAGCCGGCCUGCUGCAGAUUAACAAUGUGGACAAGUAUAUUUCUGCCUUUAGCGGCGGAGAACAGAGACGGAUAUCCUUCGCUGUCGUCUUGCUUUACAGCCCGGAAGUGCUGAUACUGGAUGAGCCAACGGUCGGCUUGGAUCCGCUUCUCAGGGAAUCAGUUUGGCAGUACCUACUCAACCUGGCGCAGGUCGACAGUUGCACCAUACUUUUAACCACGCACUACAUCGAGGAAGCACGCCAGGCGCAUAUGGUGGGAUUCAUGCGAAAGGGAUACGUGGUGGUCGAGGCACCUCCACUAACGCUCCUGAAGCAGUUUAAUGUAAACACCUUAGAGGAAGCCUUUCUAGAAUUGAGUCGGCAGCAGAAUGAUUCUAGGAAGCGACUCGUUUACAGGUUUACAGAGGAAGCGAUGAAUGAUGCGGGGUUUGGAUGCGCGUUGGAAACGAACUCCGCGUCGAGCUGGCAGAAGGUGCGAGCUCUGGUUUGGAAACAGUUCGUGGCGAUGUCCCGGAAUCUCACCUUGCUCACCUUCACGGUCUUGAGCACCUCGAUGUCUGUAGCAAUAUUCUUUCUAGUCUACGGUCACGAUCCCAAAAGCAUCACCGUGGGUGUCGCCAACUACGAGACGAACACCACCAGCUGCUCUCCUCCAGACUGCUAUAGUAAUUCGCUCAGCUGCAAUUACGUCGGGCUACUCAAUCGAGGUGCUCACCUGCGCCAUCUGUCAACGGAAGGCGAAGGUCUCAGUCUUUUGGCAAGUGGCAAACUUCACGCACUCCUCGUAAUCGAGCGCAAUUACAGUCGCACUUUGAGGGAGAAAAUCAUGACUUGGACCCCGAUCAUGGAGUGGCGUUACGACAAUGCGAUCAUUCGAGUGUACAGGGAUUUUUUGGCGAAGGACAUCGCGGCCUACGUCCAAAGGUUCACGACCGAGGCGUUUAGCGACUUCAUUGGGCUCUACCUCAGCAGCUGCAACGUUUCAACGAAACUGAUGGAUUUGCCAAUCCAGUGGAAGGAUCCCGUUUACGGAGGCAAGCAGGUGGAGCUGACCACGAACGGUGCGCCGGCGUUCUUUUUGAUGACCGCCUUCUUCGUGGCCUCGAUGGUGACCUCCACCUCCAUUUUGAUCGAAAAAAGUGAACGCACCUACGAUCGAAUUUUUGCAAUGGGCGUCGGACACGGCGAGAUCCUGGUUUCGCACCUCAUCACCGACUUCUGCUUGGUUCUGGGCCAGAACGCUGCGAUGCUGGUCGUCGCGUUCUGCGUGUUCGGGUUAUCCUCGCAUGGAUCGCUGAUAACAACAGCGAGCUUGGUACUCGCCAACAGUUUCUGUGGGAUGUGCUUUGGAUACGCCAUCGCUAGCAUUUUGCAAGUGGAAAGUUCAGUCAUGCAUCUCAUAUCCGGCUGUAUGACUCCCGCCAUUCUGUUGAGUGGUACGUUGUGGCCGCGAGAGGGGAUGCAUGUGGUCCUACAGGAAGCGGCAUGGUAUCUCCCGGUCUCGCAUGCGGCGCAUUCUAUCAACAGCAUACUCAACAGGGGAUGGGGAUGGACAAAUCCAAGCGUCUAUUUAGGAUUUGUGAACUGUUUCGUAUGGAUAAUAAUUUGUUUAAUUGUAUGUGCCUUUACUAUGCGUUAUAAGCAAAGGUAGAUAGUCAAUUAAUGGGCCAUCUGGAGCAAAUACAGAAAUCAAAUACAUAUACAGCCAAA